UAUGCAUUUUUAAAAACUUAAAGGUGUGGCGGUGCACCGCGAUCUGAACUGAAACGUCCAGGCCGAAGUCGGUGUUUCCGUUGAAGCUGCUUCUCCCAGCGCACACAUUGAAGCGUUUAUCCCAGGAUUUAUUCCGCUUUCUGGGUUAUGGACAACCAGGGUGUUUCGAUGAACGACUCCAAAAAAGCAGACCGCAACUCCGUUCUCGAGAACUCAGACUCUGACAUUGGCAUAUUCGGCUGGUUGCUGGUUGGACUUUCUCUCCUGCUGGUGCUGGUCACGUUCCCCCUCUCCAUAUGGAUGUGCUAUAAGAUAGUGAAGGAGUACGAGCGAGCCAUUAUCUUCCGCCUUGGGCGCAUCCUGAAAGGAGGAGCCAAGGGACCGGGGUUGUUCUUCAUCGUACCGUGCACUGACAUCUUCAUCAAUGUGGACAUGCGUACUAUCACCUUCGACAUCCCGCCACAAGAGGUUCUGACCAAAGACUCGGUGACGGUGAGCGUUGACGGCGUGGUGUACUACCGGGUCCAGAACGCCACCCUGGCUGUGGCCAACAUCACCAACGCGGACGCCGCCACCCGGCUGCUGGCCCAGACCACCCUGAGGAACGUCCUGGGCACCAAGAACCUGGCGGAGAUCCUGUCGGACCGCGAGGAGAUCGCUCACAGCAUGCAGGCCACUCUGGACGACGCCACAGACAACUGGGGGAUCAAGGUGGAGCGCGUGGAGAUCAAGGACGUGAAGCUGCCUCUGCAGCUCCAGAGAGCCAUGGCGGCCGAGGCGGAGGCGAGCCGCGAGGCCAGAGCCAAGGUGAUCGCAGCGGAGGGUGAGAUGAACGCGUCGCGGGCCCUGAAGGAGGCGUCCCUGGUGAUCUCUGAGGCCCCGUCGGCUCUGCAGCUGCGCUACCUGCAGACCCUCAACACCAUCGCCGCUGAGAAGAACUCCACCAUCAUCUUCCCGCUGCCGAUGGACAUGAUGCACAGCCUGAUAAAUCGCUGAGGAAGAAUGCCGCCCACACACACACACGCACACACACACACACUCACCCACAAGUCAGUUAGGCCUCCUGCCUCUGGAAGCAGCUGUUUGGAUUUUAAAACUCCUUAAAUCGUUUUAACUGAACAAUUCAGGAAGCCUCAAACCAAAUCUUCUACUGUUAAAUCAGCGAUAAACACACACACACACACACACCCCUAAUCUGUCCCGCUAUUAUAACACUGGCAGCAUUUCACCACAUGAGCCACACACUGCAAAAACAUAAAAUAUGUACCAGUAUUUUAGUCCAGUUUCUACUGCAAACAUCUUAGUACACUUGAAAGAAGACAAAACUAACUUUCAAGUAACUUUUCAGCAAGAAAUAGGAGCUUGUUUUAAGUAGAUAAUUCCUUAAUAUUGAUGAAAAAAGUUCUAGUUCCGUUAAUAUUAGUGAAACAACCUGCGUGAAAAAUUAUUGACUUAUAACAAGUUGUUUGUUAUUGCUGAAAAGUGACUCUUAAGUUAGUUUUGUCAUAUUUCUAAUGUAUGAAGGUUUUUGCAGUAGAAACUAGACCAAAUGUAUUUGGUAAGAUUUUGUGUUUUUACAGUGUAGGGAGAUUUUAUUUACAAACUAAAUACUUUAUAUGAAUCUAUUAAAUAUAACACAGAACAUGUUAGCUUGACUGUUUGUAGCAUGUUGUGAUCAGGCGUUACAUUAUGACCACUUUACUAAAGAUUGGGAUCAAAAGUACAAACUUCUGCACAUCACCUGGAUUCUUCAUUGAAUCGAUGAAACGUCUUUCUAACUAAAAUGUUUUUCCUUUCACUCUCAGUUCAUCCUGAUCCUGGUUCUGGAUCCUCUUUCUAUAAUCAGAUCCAUUUCUUACUGACUCAUAGCAUGUUCAUUUUCUCCACCUUUCCUGCUCCGUCUUAGAAAUUAACUGUUAAUAUGUUAAAUUAAAAACCACGUUUAGUUAAUCUCAGAGUUAAGUAUCCAAAAUGUCAUUAAUAAAUGCUUGAAAAUGUAAUUGUUUAUGGAAGAGUGUGAAAUCUGACAAAGAAACCCUGAUUUCCAACAUGAACAUUUUAUUUUGUUUCACUCCCACCAGUCAGUGGUCAUAAUGUUUUGGCUGGUCAGUUUGUGCUGCUGCAGCAAAGUUUUGCAGUUUUCUGCAGAAAGUGAGUGGAAUCACGUUUUUAUCACAGGAAGAAGAAAAACCUCCAGCUACACUUUACGCUCUGUGGUUGGAGCCUUUGUAGACAGAAAAAAGGAGCAAAUUUACACCGAAAAACCUGGAAAUUUUGAAAUUAGUCUAAGAAAAUUUCUGCCAAAACAUCCUGAAAAUAUUUGAGACCAAACAGGGAAAUUUCUGAAUCAAAACAAACCUAUUUACAGGAUAUUUACUAGAAGAGUUUUGACUUUCAGGAAUGAUCUGAGUUUCAAAAAUUUAAAGUUUUUGAGUUUUAAAACUCAGAAAUUUCUACAUUUUUUUUCUCAAAAAUUUCUGAGGUUAAUCUAAGAGUUUUUACCUACAAUAACCCUAAUAUGAUGUUGUACUUUUACAUGUUAAGUUUUGAAAAAACAAAAACAUACAUUAAAUGUUUUGCCAAAAACUCCUUACACAACCCCACAUCUGAGUCUGUGUUCCAGGUUUAUGCAUCUUAUUGCAGCUUGUUUGUUGUGAUUUUUAAUUUCAAUAUUCAAUAUUUAUGAGGACUUUAAAUAAAGACGCAACCCACAGAAA